GGCAUUGUGGGCAUGCGCACUUCCCUACUUUGCCUUCAACCACGAAAAAUGGCGCUUAUCCUUAGGUGGCAUCGAUAGCGGUGGAAAAUAAACUGCUUAUGUGGAAGGAAUACAGACGACAGGACAAUCCGUCAUGGCAAGCAAAUACGCAGUCAAAACCUAUAGUCGAUCUUAUGGAAGGGAGACUGCUGCAAGCAAAGCCUUUGAUGAAAUAGUGACCAACAAGGCUGGGGCUCAGAAUAUCCCAAUUAAAACGGCUAAUACAAAAUGGGGUAAAACACAAUUUAGUAGGGUCAGAGAUGAAGACCCUUUUCAAACCACAUGCAAGAAAGUUAAAACAGAGGUUGAGACCGAGGAUCCAUUCUCAUUCGGAUCUGAUGAAAGUGAAACUGCAAGGCAGAAAGUAGUCAAGGAUGAACCUGCUGCUAGCUCGCAUCAAGCAGGUUUGGGACGGCCAGCUAUUCCAAAUAUGAAGGUAAUGAAAUCACAUUCUUACACAUCUGAAAGAACCAAGAUUGAACCAGACACACAAGAUUUUGAUUCUCAACCUACAUUCAAGAGACCCGUGAGGACAUAUUCUCGUGCUACCAAAAAACAUAAUGCUGACAAUUCAAAACAAUUAUCUAUGGAUCAAUUUGCAAAACCAGUUUCUAAUGAUGAAGACGAUGACAUGCCGGUACUUGAGCCAGAGGGAUCUGCUGUAGGGGAACCUUAUGCAUCACAUUCCAGUAGUUAUGCAGUCGAAGAAGCAUCAAAUCCAGAGGACCCAUUCUCACAAUACGACGAGGAUGAGGAAGAAGCUCCCCUUUUGUUCAGUGAACGUCAAACUUACAGCAAGCACACAAAGAUGGCGGCAUUUUCUUCAAAUGUUUCCAGCUCCCCUAAAACACAUUUGUUACAAAGUGAUGAUGAAGAUAAUCCAAAGGCAACUGUUCUGAACUUCCGAAGCCAUUUCAUGGACCCAGCCGUUUACAGCAGAUUUAACUAUGUUCCACGUCCAGAGGACCCAGUAGGAAGGCUUAACAACAGCAAAGUUCUUCAAAAAAGUGAAAUUAAACAUGGUAAGGGAUCAACACUUAUUGUAAUCUGUUCACCUAAGCCACCGACUGGUGAAAAUAAGGCAAAACUUCACCAUCAGAAAACUGUUAGAGACCCUUACUCACGAGAUAUUGCUGAAACUGAUGAGAAUAGUGGUAGUGAUUCUCAGGAACAUAGUAAAUCAGAGGAAACUGCCACAGAUAGCUCAAACUUUGAGUUUUCAGAAGAUAAUAGUGCUUCUACUCCAAGCAUGGAAGAACAGUCAUCUGCCACUAAUGAAAAUGACAACCCAGGUAAAAUACAGUACAAGAAAGGUGUUAAACGGGGACGGGACAAUACUGAUAAGUCUGUUAGGUAUAAUAAGUUCUUCAGGUCAAGAAAUUCUGCAGCAAUGAAGGAAGAAAAUGAUUCCAAAAAAAUUGGUACUAGUCCAGAAGAGCAGCAAGCUAAUGAGGAAAAUGACCAAGACUUCGAACAAAACACUCCAGAAAAUGUCAAAGCCAAUAAAAAGAAGCAAGACUCUUUCACGUCAUUUGGUUUUGAUGAAGAUGCAGAAUCUCAACAGAGUGCUGAAAGUUUGGAGAAGUCUGAGGAAGGUCCUUUAGCAGCUGAGUCCAUGGAAGUCGGUGAGGAACAGACCAUGCAGCAGAGUGAGGGCAGUCAGUCCGAGGAGGAAGAGAGUUCACAAACCACACAGGACCUUAGUCAAACAUCAGCUGAUUCUAGCGAGGCAGAACCUCCCAAACUGACCAAGGCCAAGACAGUCCGGAUCAGAGAGAAGAAGAUAUUCAAGUCCAAAAACAAAGGAGAUGUGCAAAAGAAAAUGUUGCAAAGUCCCAAAAAGUCUCCAUCAAAAGCUGUGUACAAUGUCCGCUCCUGGCAGGAAGACUUUGACGAAGAGGAAAGGGUAACAUUUAUCAGAAAUAACAAGAAUAAGGACGAUACAGCUGGGCCACCAAAACUUGUCCCUAUCCCUAAAAUGGCACCCAAGUUGGAAGAGCCAGGCGAGCGCCCGAAUGAGCCUCCUAAGCUGUCCAGGGCAGUACACUGGCCGGACAGACUCGGGGAUGAGGCAUACACUUCUGUACAUGUCUCCAAGGAGCACAAGGAGUUGUACACUGUGGUAAAGAAUGUUAAGCAAGCUCAUGAGUGUCAGGAGUAUGGGGAGACUCAGGAGUUCUCUGACGACGUGGAGUACCUACUGGCUGGACUCCAGGAGGGACAACCUAUGUCAACACGCUGCCUUAGCUGUACGGGACUUGCACAGAAAUGCAUUUUACCUGCAUUCCGUAUGCAUUUGAGAGCCCAUGGUACUGUAGCCAAGAUAUUCUCUUCCCUCCAAGAUGCCUGCACUGAUCCUAGUCUCGCCCUAUGCACAGCACUGUUGAUGUUUAUGCUCAGUCGUGAUCGUUUAAACAUGGACCUGGACGGAGAUAGUCUGGACCUCAUGCUCAAAUUGUUGGGAGUGGACAACCAGGAGCAGCUCAGUGCCACUAUUACUGCCUCAGGGAAGCGUGCACUCAACCGGAACCGUGCACGUGUUGGUGAGGUGUACAUGCAGUUACAGCUUGAGUGUGGUACAAAGCUACCGGACAUGGAGAGUGUCUCCACUGGUAACCUAGCUAUGGAGUCCCUGUUGAGUUUAACUUCAAGAAGAGCAGGUGAAUGGUUCAAGGAAGAGCUACGGACACUGGGUGCUUUGGAUCAUAUUGUAGAUACAGUUUGCUCCUGCAUUGAGGCAGUUGGAGAUGAUACAACUCUCCUGACUGAUAGCACCAUAGAAAAUCUGAAGAAAAUUGACCGCUGUCUCAGGGUAUUGGAAAAUGUAACAUUUGUCAAUACAGAAAACCAGACGUAUCUGAUAAGUUACAAACAAGGAGUUUUGGUUCGGUCAAUAUGCAGGGCCCUUUACACCUGUGAGCAGUGCUUGCCUGUCUACCCACUGGUGGAGUCGGAGAAGAUAGAGAAAGAUUCCACAGGCUAUGUGGUGUACAGUUGUGUCCUUGCCAUCCUCCGUGUGUUACUCAACCUCACUCAUGAUAAUGAGUUUGGUAGUACCAAGACUGGGGAACAAGCAGACUUUAUCAAUGUUGUAUUAGCCUGUAUUCUACAGACCCCUCAGCAUGUACCUGUUGACAUGCGUUUUGACAUCCUGGUGCUGAGUCUGGGUUUGAUGAUCAAUCUGGUUGAGCACUGUGAGGUAAACCGCCGACGUUUGAUUGACACCAAAAUAGAUUCACCUUACGAAUUUGAGAAACGCCAGAAAGACAUAAUUCCAGCUCCAAAGGCUCUAGUCCAGGUGUUUUGUCAUCGAUAUGAAAUAGCCAAGAAGAUGGAGGAACAGGAUUUUGGUGAGCCUACCACUCCUCAGGCCUCACCCAACAAAAGCGGAGAGUGGAAAGAAUCUGACUCCGGAAUAGAAUGGGUAAUCAACUCUGCCAAGAAGGCCAAGGAGGCUGAGCAGGCGGAGAGGGAACAAAGAACUGAGAAUGAGGACACACCUCUAAAGGAGAAAUUGAAACAAAAUGAAGAGGAUGGCAGAAAUGCUAACAUAGAUGACGAGGAUACAUUUACAAAAGCUCUGCACAGAGCGGGCAAGCACAUGGAAAACAGCAUUGUAGCCUCAUAUGUAGCACUCUUACUGGGCUGUGUGAUACAGGAUAACACGAUGUUUGUGGACAACAUUAAACAAUACCUCCCCAAAGGCAACUUCGAUGACAUGAUUACUAUUCUGAAGAAAUUCUUGGGAUUUAUGAAUUUAACCACUGCCAUUGGUAGUACUGGAGGGAAAUCCAUAGCACAUGUGAUCGAAGUACUGGAAGGUUGCUAGCAACACCAGACAUCCUUUCCGUGUCCAACGGAAUCAACCACAACAAAAACAGCUGGCUGUAUUUAAAACAUUAAGAUGAAAGUCAUGUUUCCAGUAGUAACCUUAAUAAUGGAAGGAAACAUGAAAAUUGUGAUAGUCAUAUAGUUUUUCAUUCAUUUUUGUGAAAUAUAGCAAACAUUGUGGUGAUAUGUUUGUAAAAUUCGGAUAAGCUCCAGUUGCAAAACAGUCGCAGAUGUGAAUUAAGAAUGUCUAACAAUGUUCCAUGAUAACCUGAUAGCAUUUUAAAACAUCAUCUACAUUUAAUUGAAAUUUUCAUUGAUUUCUCGAGAAUGGUAGGAGUAACACUUUUUUGUACAUACAAGCAUGUAAAUGAAUUGAUAUGAAAAAAAAAUAAUAGGCAAAAAUUGAACAUAUUCUGUGUAAUAAUAUGAAAGGCAACAUAUUUUACCUAUGAAUGUACAAGGAUGUGAUCUGUGUAUGUACAGAGAUGUGACCUGUGUAUGUACAGAGAUGUGACCUGUGUAUGUACAGAGAUGUGACCUGUGGUUUAUAAGGUUUUCUAUGUGACUUGUGAAUGUACAGAUGUUAGGGACAACAUUGACUGGACACCAGCAUCCCUGGAUUAGAAAAAUGUUCAGAAGUAAAAACUCUGCCCUUUGGUGAAUGAGUCCACUGUUGAAGUACAUGAACAUGUAACUGGACAAAUGAGUUAGCAGCAUCAUAAGGUUGAGUGAAUGAUCAGCUCGUUUAUAGUGAGAGUGUGGUGAAAAGAUCAGCCCCUGUUUAUAGUGAGAGUGUGGUGAAAUGAUCAGUCCCUGUUUAUAGUGAGUGUGUGGUGAAAUGAUCAGCCCCUGUUUAUAAUGAGUAUGUGGUUAAAUGAUCAGUCCCUGUUUAUAGUGAGAGUGUGGUGAAAUGAUCAGCCCCUGUUUAUAAUGAGUAUGUGGUUAAAUGAUCAGUCCCUGUUUAUAAUGAGAGUGUGGUGAAAUUAUCAGUCCCUGUUUAUAGUGAGAGUGUGGUGAAAUGAUCAGCCCCUGUUUAUAAUGAGAGUGUGGUGAAAUGAUCAGCCCCUGUUUAUAAUGAGAGUGUGGUGAAAUGAUCAGCCCCUGUUUAUAAUGAGUGUUUUGUGAAGUCACGUUUUAUAUUAGACUUAAUGUGCAAUCAAGGUAUCCCAUUCUAUUUCCUUGUAGUUUACUUAUAGAGUGUGUAGUUUAGAAAGUGGUGAGGGUAUGUUUUGGAGAAUGAGUGUAUUUAGGAAAGAAAAUGUUGUGAAAUCAAGUGGCCUUUCAUUGCUAUCAUUAAUAUUAUUCUUAAGCCGAACUCCAUUUUGUAUCCCAGAUUGUAAAAUAGUUUGUAGGACUUUUUAACCACCUGGUAUGAUCAUGUUUAGUGGAAGUGGAUUAAAUUUGAAAAGGUGACUGGUGUAUCAGAAACUGAAUUUUCACUAAAAUUGUACAUAAAUCAUGUGUCAACUGUAGGUAGAUAUGUAAGAGAGUGCUCGGUACUAGUUUUCUUGUCUGUUCAUAUGGUUUCACUAUUGUGUAUUUCUUAACAAACUUUCAUUAAAAAGAUUUUCUUUAUUGACACAUUACAAAAAAGUAUUGAUUGUUGAGUGUAGGAGUGUAUCAGGUUCAUUUCUUUUUUCUUCUUUUUUUUUGUUUCUUUUUUUUUUGAUUCAGCAUGAACAUGGUUUUGUUUCUCCAUCUUGUGUCACCUUUAGUGUGUUGUCAGUUUAAGGCAUGAUUCUGUUCCUCUGAGUUCCUCACAUUUUGAUGGUAUGUCAUGCAGAACUUUGUAUUUAUGUAUAGAUCUUCAGUAUCAUAAAUUGAAUAAAUAUUUUGAAAUACUGGAA